AGGUAUUACAAAAAAAGAAAGGGAGCAAGGGCUUGGAACGCCGAUGCGACGUCACUUCCCUUUUCCGUUACCCCUCCAACGAACUACCCCUCGUUAUCAGGCAGGCCCUCCUCCGACUCCACUUCCCGAUUCAAACAAACAUGAGGGGCGGAUUUUCUGCUCUGGCUUUGGAACACCCAUUGAUGCAUUUGAGCUGCGAUAUCCACUAACUUAUACUUAUCCUUAUUAGAGGGCUUUGAGGCGAGAGGUUUUGUUGGUAUAUAACUGUGUUGCUUCUUCACCUGAGUUGAGUUGGGAAGAACCAAUUGUCAAGGUACCGCAUAACCUCCUGUCGAGAAAGAGAAAGAGAAAGAGAAAGAAUAACAAACACAUCACACAUCACAAUGGCUUCCCAAGGCAAAAUCCAAAACGUCGGCGUCAUUGGCUAUGGCAUGUCCGCGAAAGUCUUCCACAUCCCCCUCAUCCAAACCACCCCCUCCUUCCGCCUCGCCGCCAUCGUCCAACGCAAGCCCGUCUCCGGCAACUCCGCCCCCGCCGACCACCCGUCCGUAAAACACCACGCCACCACCGACACCCUCCUCUCCGACCCAAGCAUCGACAUCAUCAUCGUCACCACCCCCCCCGACUCGCACUUCGCCCUCUGCACUGCCGCGCUCAAGGCCGGGAAACACGUUUUCGUCGAGAAGCCCUUCGUGCCCACCUCCGCCGAAGCCACUGCGCUCAUCGAGACCGCUCGCACGGCCCGGAAGCUGAUCUGCGUGUACCAGAACCGCCGGUGGGACAGUGACUUCCUCACCUUCAGGAAGCUGCAGAAGGAUGGCACGUUGGGGCGGAUUGUCGAGUUCGAGACGCACUUUGAUCGCUUCAAGGCUGUUAAGCCGGAGACGUGGAAGGGGCAGCUGGAGAUGAAUAAUGGCGGGGGUGUGAUCUACGAUCUCGGUACGCAUUUGCUGGACCAGGCGUAUGUGGCGUUCGGGCUGCCGGUCGAUGUUACGGGGAUCUUUUCGAAUCAGCGCGGCGAGGGCGAGGGGGCCGAGCCGGACGCGUUUACGGUGUUGUUGAGGUACAAGGAUGGCCUGCUCGUGACGGCCAAGGCGGGGAUCAUGUCCAUAGACACCGCGCAGCUUCGCUACUGGGUUCGCGGCACGGAGGGGACGUAUAAGAAGCACCACCUCGAUUGCCAAGAGGACCAGCUCAAGGCGGGGUUGAAGCCCGGGGAUAAGGGAUUUGCGGUUGAGGAUGCGGCGGCGUCGGGGACGCUGGUGAGGAUGGUGGAGGGGAAGCCGGUGGCGGAGGUGUUUGCGAAUAUUGACCCGGAGACGUAUGGUGCGCUGUAUAGGGGGUUUGCGGAGGCGGUGGAGAAGGGGGAUGCGGGGCGCGUGCCGGUGAAGGCGGAGGAGUCGAGGGAUGUAUUGAGGAUUAUUGAGGCGGCGAGGGAGAGUGCAAAGACGGGGAGGGCGGUUAAGUUGUAGAGUGUUUCUAUCUAGGGAGGAAGUCAGUUGAGUGAUAUAUAUUUUCAGAUCUGCAAUUUAUACACUUUC